AUGCCCGGGGCCAGGGACGAGCUCUGUCACCAGGCGCUGCAGCUGCUGGCCGAGCUGUGUGCCCGCGGGGCCCUGGAGCACGACAGCUGCCAGGAUUUCAUCUACCACCUGCGGGACCGCGCCAGACCCCGGCUCCGCGACCCAGAUAUCUCAGUGAGCCUGCUGACCCUUGUGGUCACUGCCUGUGGCCUCGCUCUCUUUGGCGUGUCUCUCUUCGUGUCUUGGAAACUCUGCUGGGUUCCGUGGCGAGAACGAAGCCUGUUCUCUGGUAGCAAAGACAACAACCAGGAGCCUCUUAACUACACGGACACAGAGACCAAUGAGCAGGAGAACAGUGAGGGCUUUCUAGACCCUCCCACCCCUUGUCCAGACUCCUCCAUGAAGAUCAGCCAUACCUCCCCUGACAUUCCCCUCUCGACCCAGACCGGGGACCGGGAGAACUGUGCCCAUGGCGUCCGCGUACAGCGCCAAGUCACAGAGCCAACUUCAUCAGCUCGGCAUAAUUCAGUCAGAAGACAACUCAACCUGUCAAACCCAGACUUCAAUAUCCAACAGCUUCAAAAACAGGAACAGUUGACUGGAAUUGGUCGAAUUAAACCAGAGUUAUAUAAGCAGAGGUCACUGGAUAGUGAUGAUGGGAGAAGGAGUAACAGCAAAGCCUGUGGAAAACUGAACUUCAUUUUAAAAUAUGACUGUGACUUAGAGCAACUCAUAGUGAAGAUUCACAAAGCUGUCAAUUUGCCUGCCAAGGACUUUUCUGGGACUUCAGAUCCUUAUGUCAAGAUCUAUUUGCUUCCUGACCGGAAAACAAAACACCAGACUAAAGUUCACAGAAAGACCCUGAACCCUGUGUUUGAUGAAGUGUUUUUGUUUCCAGUUCCCUACAAUGACCUUGCAGCCCGGAAGCUUCACUUCUCUGUCUACGACUUUGACAGGUUCUCUCGCCAUGACUUAAUCGGCCAAGUGGUGGUGGAUCACUUCUUAGACUUGGCUGAUUUCCCCAGGGAGUGCAUCCUUUGGAAGGAUAUUGAAUAUGUCACCAAUGACAACGUGGAUCUCGGAGAGCUGAUGUUUUCCCUCUGCUAUCUUCCCACGGCUGGCAGGCUGACCAUCACCAUUAUAAAAGCAAGGAAUUUAAAGGCAAUGGACAUAACAGGAGCCUCAGAUCCCUAUGUGAAAGUCUCACUGAUGUGUGAUGGCAGACGACUGAAGAAGAGGAAAACGUCCACCAAGAGGAACACCCUGAAUCCUAUUUACAAUGAAGCCAUAGUCUUUGACGUCCCUCCUGAGAGCAUUGACCAAAUCCAUUUGUCCAUAGCAGUCAUGGACUACGACCGUGUAGGUCACAAUGAGAUCAUCGGCGUGUGUCAAGUAGGCAACGAAGCUGAGAGGCUGGGCAGAGACCACUGGAGCGAAAUGUUGUCAUAUCCGCGCAAGCCCAUUGCACACUGGCAUUCCCUGGUGGAGGUAAGACCCUACUCCCGCAUGCUCCCCUUUGAAGAAUAA